UUGUUUUUAUCCUGUCGUUGGAUUUUGAGGAAGCAGCGUUGGAUUUCCACCAAGAGGUUUCCUGGUUUUUGUGACUCUAUCAUGCUUUACAUCUCAGUGAGAGUUUUUUUUUCUCCUCACCAUGGGAUAACUGUUCAGGAAAUAGAUUUCUACUGAACUGUUAUACAACAAGGACCUACCAGCAGCUGCUGUUGUCAUUUUUUCUUUGAAAACCAUCGGUGUGGCACAGUUAUGGGCUACUGUUUGUCUCUGUGGAAGACUUUAAGAAGGGGGAAGUAUUUUCUGCUGCUGCUUCUCUGUCUGUCGGUGGUGGCAUGGAUUGCAAUUUUUUCAAGUGAAACAGUAAAAUCUCAGCGGGUUUUUUCGACCACAAUGCAGACUUUUAGAAAAGGAGAUGUGUGGGGUAACAUCAGUUUUUGGUCAUCACUGACAGAUUGCUCAACAUCUUCACCAGUGAAAGUUGAUUGCCCAGAGGAGUCACCAUUGCUUCAGGGAGCUAUGAAGCUGGCCUUUGACCCGUCUCUGACACUGAAGGAUGUUGAGCUUGAGAACAAAGCAGUGACUGAAGGCCAGUACAAGCCCCCGGAUUGUACAGCAAGGCAGAGCAUCGCGAUUCUCAUCCCUUUCCGAAACCGAGAGAAACACCUCCUCUACCUCCUUCACCAUCUCCAUCCUUUUCUGCAGAGACAGCAACGACAUUACGCCAUCUAUGUCAUCCAGCAGGCUGGUGAUGCUACAUUUAAUCGUGCCAAGUUACUGAAUGUUGGCUUCCUGGAGGCACAGAAGGACUACAGUUGGGGGUGUUUCAUCUUUCAUGAUGUGGACUUGGUUCCUGAAAAUGAUCACAAUUUAUACAAGUGUGACAAAUAUCCAAGACACCUGGUAGUUGGCCGUAAUUCCACAGGAUACAAACUGCGCUACAGAGGCUACUUUGGAGGAGUUACAGCCCUGUCCAAAGACCAGUUUGAUCAAGUUAAUGGAUUUUCUAACAGUUACUGGGGCUGGGGUGGAGAGGAUGAUGACCUUCGUGUCCGAGUUGAACUGCAGAAAAUGAAGAUUAUCCGACCUCCUGAUGAGGUUGCUCGCUACACCAUGGUGUUUCACAAACGGGACAGUGGAAAUAAAAUAAAUGGAAACAGGAUGAAGAUGUUAAGACAGACAGCUCAAGUGUGGCGAAAGGAUGGACUCAGCAGUUGCUCGUACAAGGUUUUGUCACUUGAGAGGUCGAUACUUUAUGUGAAUGUUACUGUGGACAUCGGUGAGCCACAGCUUAGCUGAUAUUUUGAAACGGGGAGACUUGCUGUGACCCAAAAAAAUCUAUAAUGGUAUUUUUUAUGUGGUAUGUUUUGGUUUCUGAGUGCAAAACAAAAAUCUGCCUUUGAGCAGAACAUUAAGCACACAAAAUGCAUAUUUUUAUAUCCUGUGAGGUGUGCGCUCAAUGUUACUCUGCCUUCAUUCCUUCCUAUCAA